CAUUGUUUGUGGUUCUUAUAUUUGGGCGCCUUAUCUACAACAACACUGGUCUCAUUCUGGUGGAAAGGUGAUGCAACAAGCAACACUCAUGGAAGCCUGGUUCAUCAUCGUAGUCUCUGCGUGCGUCUGCGUCAUCGUAAGAGCCAUAUUCUCUCUUCAAACCAAAACCAUCAACACCCCUCCAGGCCCUCUUCACAUCCCAAUCCUCACAAGCAUCCAAUGGCUCCUCAAAUCCUUCAGCCAACUCGAGCCGAUUCUCCGAAACCUCCACGCCAAGUUCGGCCCCAUCGUCACCAUCCGCAUCGGAUCUCAACGAGCCAUAUUCAUCGCCGACCGCACCCUCGCCCACCAAGCCCUCGUCCAAAAUGGUUCCGUCUUCUCCGACCGCCCCAAGGCUCUCGCCGCCUCCAAAAUCCUCACCAGCGACCAACGCAAUAUCAGCUCCGCCUCCUACGGCCCCACGUGGCGUAUCCUCCGCCGAAACCUCACCUCCGAGAUGCUCCACCACUCACGCGUCAAGUCCUUCUCCGGGAUCCGCAACUGGGUCCUCCACACCCUCCUCACUCACCUUAAAUCCGAUUCUCAAUCCAAUGAUUCCGUCAAAGUCAUUGAUCACUUCCAAUACGCCAUGUUCUGCUUGCUCGUCUUCAUGUGCUUCGGGGAGCGACUCGACGAGGGCAAAGUCAGAGACGUCGAGCGCGUCCAACGACAGUUACUUCUAGGGUUUAGCAGGUACAACAUCCUUAAUUUCUGGCCCAAAGUCACCCGCGUUUUGCUCCGCGAACGUUGGGAGGAGAUGCUUAGGUUUCGCCAGGAGCAGGAGGACGUGAUGAUUCCACUUAUAAGAGCCAGGAAGCAAAAGCAAGGCAAGGAGGAAGGCGUUGUUUCGUAUGUUGAUACUUUGUUGGGUUUGGAGUUGCCCGAGGAGAAACGCAAGCUCAACGAAGAGGAGAUUGUGACGCUGUGCAAUGAGUUUUUGAACGGGGGCACGGACACCACUUCCACGGCGUUGCAGUGGAUCAUGGCGAAUUUGGUAAAGUACCCACAUGUGCAAGAGAGGUUGGUGGGCGAGAUAAGGGAGGUGAUGGGUGAGAGAGAAGACGGAGAAGUGAAAGAAGAAGACUUGGAGAAAUUAGCUUAUCUGAAGGCUGUGAUUUUGGAGGGUUUGAGGCGCCACCCACCUGGGCACUUUGUGUUGCCUCAUGCAGUGAGUGAGGACGUGGUUUUGAAUGAUUACUUGGUCCCUAAGAAUGGGACAGUGAAUUUCAUGGUGGCAGAGAUGGGGUGGGACCCUAAGGUGUGGGAGGAUCCAAUGGCGUUUAAGCCAGAGAGGUUUAUGAAUGAUGAAGGGUUUGACAUUACUGGUAGUAAAGAGAUCAAAAUGAUGCCUUUUGGUGCAGGGAGAAGGAUUUGCCCUGGCUAUAAUCUAGCGUUGCUUCACUUGGAGUACUUUGUGGCUAAUCUGGUUUGGAACUUUGAGUGGAAGAUUCCAGAGGGAGGGGACGUGGAUUUAUCAGAGAAACAAGAGUUCACUGUGGUAAUGAAAAAUCCAUUGCAGGUUCAUCUUUCUCCUAGGAUCUAGACUCUACCCACCUUAUCAUAUAAUAAUAAGGCCUCCCAAUAAUUGUUUGAAAAAUAUAUUUUUAUGAUUACAGUACUGCGUAAUCUGCGCUUUGCUAGCACGUGUAGCACAUAAUAAAAGGAUAAUCGUUCGGACCG